GGAGGAGGAGACGGCGAGCCGUGGACGGAGCCGGUCACGAGCUGGAGCUGUGGUGUCAGCGCGUCCCGGGACCAGCACACCUCCCUCCCCCGGUGUCAGGCAGACUCCAUCCCGCCAGCAUGAUCUGAGGGUAGCUGGAGCUGCAGCACAGGAGGCGCCGGUCCGUCAUGGCAGCGGAUCUCUACAGCCCCCCGUCCCCGCUCGGGGACUCCCUCCUGGACGGCCCGCUGUGUGGAGACCUGAUCGAGGAUCUUCCAGAGCUCUCCCAGUCCAUAGGAGACGACACACUGGGCUUUGAUUUCCCAGAGUACCAGAGCACCGAUUCAGGGUCCACAAGCUCCCUCACACUCGACACGCUGACCCCGGCCUCCAGCCCGCUAUCAGUGCUGUCUGGAGCGGCACCAGAACCAGCGGAGAACCUCAACCCCCUCAGCCUGGAGUGCCGGGUUUGCUCGGACAAAGCUUCAGGCUUCCACUACGGCGUGCACGCGUGUGAGGGAUGCAAGGGCUUCUUCAGGAGGACGGUGAGGCUAAAGCUGGAGUACGAGAAGUGUGAACGCACCUGCAAAAUCCAAAAGAAGAACCGAAACAAGUGCCAGUACUGCAGAUUUCAGAAGUGCCUGCUUGUGGGCAUGUCUCAUAACGCCAUCCGGUUCGGUCGGAUGCCGCAGGCGGAGAAGCUGAAGCUCAAGGAGGAACGCAAGGUGGUAGAGAAAGAAGUGGAGGGCCCCAUGAAGGCCGACCACAAGAUUCUGGUCAGGCAGAUCCACAAAGCCUACAUGAAGAACUUCAGCAUGAACAAGGCCAAAGCGCGGCUUAUACUCACUGGGAAAACCAGCAAGCCGCCUUUCGUCAUCCACGACAUGGACACGUUCCAGCUCGCUGAGAGGACGCUGGCGGCUCACAUGCUAAACGGUGAGUAUUCGGACUCAGAGGGCGACCUUCAAGCUGGACACGGGAUCCCAGGUUUGCCGUGUGAGGAGCUCCAGCAGAGGGAGGCCGAGGCCCGACUCUUCCACUGGUGCCAGAGCACCUCGGUGGAGACGGUCACGGAGCUGACGGAGUUCGCCAAGGCCGUGCCGGGCUUCCAGAGUCUGGACUUGAAUGAUCAGGUGACUCUCCUGAAAUAUGCAGUUUACGAAGCGCUUUUCACCCUUCUGGCAUCGUGCAUGAACAAAGAUGGCCUCCUAGUGGCUCGUGGGGGAGGGUUCAUCACCCGCGAGUUCCUCAAGAGCCUCCGGCGGCCAUUUAGUGACAUGAUGGAGCCUAAAUUCCAGUUCGCCACCCGCUUCAACCUGCUGGACCUGGACGACGGCGACCUGUCUCUGUUUCUGGCUGCUAUCAUCUGCUGCGGAGACCGUCCCGGCCUGGUGGACAUACCGCUGGUGGAGCAGCUGCAGGAGAGCAUAGUUCAGGCACUACGGCUCCACCUGCUGGCCAACCAUCCGGACGACGCUUUCCUCUUCCCCAGACUGCUGCAGAAACUGGCUGACCUCCGGGAGCUGGUCACAGAGCAUGCUCAGUUGGUUCAGGAAAUCAAGACAAUAGAGGACACGUCGCUGCACCCGCUCCUGCAAGAAAUUUACAGGGACAUGUACUGACAAGUGAACAUAUGUUAGUGUUGUUAUUAACAUUAACAGCUGCGAAUGUGCCUUUUGUGACUCUAAAACUACUGGAACAAAACUUUUAUGUUAUGUGGCUGCUGUAGGGAGUGGGGGACACAGUGAGUGUUUUACAACUUGCAUCAUAGAUGUUCUUCUCAUACGGUCCUUCCAAUACAUUCAGUUCAUUUAAUCAUGUUUUACACAAGUCAUAUAAAAGCUAAAUGGAGAGUUGACUGUGCAAAGAUGCAGAGCAGUUAAAACCUGCAUGCAUGUAUGCAAGGUACUUGAAUAUGAGAGCUGAAGUCAUGAAGACAUUUAAACUCAUGACCAGGAAACAUGAAUGUGUGUGAAGGUGGCUGAAGGUGAAGGUGGUAUUUACAGGUCCCAUUGCUGUGUGCAGUACAAAUAAUCUUCCUCAUCCAUUUUUAGUAAGGAGUACCUGCUUCAGUAUCUGGAAGGUGCCGUUUAUUUCUGCUGCCUGAAUUCAGAUUUCUUCUGUUGUCUAAAUCACUGUGUCACAAGUGUUGCAUUACAAAAUCAGAACCAGAGUUUUAUUGAAAGCACUCAUACUCCUCAUAUGGUGUAAUUUUCUGUUGUAUAUUUAUAUUAAUCCUAUAUUGUACUCUUAAAAACCAAGACAACAUGAUUCCUCACCUUUUAACCUGUUUUCAGAUUCUGAUAGUCAGAUUGACAGUUUAGUGUUUAGGUAAAAUGCUAAUAUUACCCUUUUUUUUUUUCCUCAGAUAAAAAAAUAAAUAAUAAAAUAAAGACUUACGGCCAGUAUGGAAUAUUUUCUUUCAAAACAUGAUAUGUUACAUGGGUUUAUGUUAUGUGAAUACAAAAACAAGAAAAAAAAGAGAUUUAGUGCCUUAUGUCCUGCACUAUAUUUGUUUAGUGCCAUAAUGAAAUGGAUAUAUAUAUAUAAUGUACACAAAUUAAAUCAAGCAUCUAUCUCAAUAUAAUAAAAGGUUUCAUACAGUGGACUUAAUAAAUUGAAUAUAUUUA